UCCAUGGUCUAGUGGUCAGGACAUUGGACUCUGAAUCCAGUAACCCGAGUUCAAAUCUCGGUGGAACCUGUUUUUUUCUUUUUUCCUUUGCUUUCGUCAAAUCCGUUGGUGGGCGGUGGCAGUCGCGAGGAAGAUUUAGUUGUUAUCACAGGUUUUGGGUAAUUUGCCGUUCCAGUCGGUACCAAAGGAAACAAGCUCAGCAAACAAGAGCUUUAAUCAGCGGGAAAGGAGGAAUGGCUUUCACUCUGCUCUCAGCUCCAACGCCUCAUCUUCACAGUCCCAAAUCCUCAUGGUUCCACACCCCACAACCACACGAAUCUCUCCCCUUCCCCAAUCUCAUCCAUUUCCCCUUGAAGCCAUUCCUCCCUCUUUCUUCUUCUUCCUCUUCUUCUUCUUCUUCUUCGUCUUCAAACUCUGUCCUGGAAGAAGACCCUUCUCCGGCUUCUCUUCCCCUCCAGGAUGCAGAUUCCAACUCUCUUCCUCCCAGAGGGUGUGAGGGAUGUGGGAGGGAAGAAAUAGAGAAGGGAUGCAAUGGGAAGGGAAGGAUUCAAGGCAGGAUAGCGGCGGUUCCUGGGUUCGGAUGGUGGCCAAUCAAGGCUUAUCGCCCUUGCCCUGGUUUUGUGGCUUCGGGUGGCCGUUACACUCGCCAAGGCCAAUCCAUGGAUGAGGUCGUCUCUGGCGGCGGCGGUGGCAAACGACGAGUCUCUACUCCUCCUCCUCCAGCGUCUUAUUCUGAAUUGGAGUCUAGCAAGAAAAGGUGAGGCCCGAAGAAGUUCAAGACUUGAAUCCCGACUUCAUCGAAGUGUAGGGCUGAGGUUGGGUGAUGCUUGCCCUGGUUGAAUAUGUGCGGCACAAUGGAGAAACUCAGAAAUAAUUUCAGGGACUGAAACGAAGUUCGUGAUGGAGUUGGUUAGGUUCGAACUCUCUUCUUUUGCUCGAGUCGACAUAUUUGAUGGGAGUUGACAGAGCAAAAUAUAGUUAAGUAAUGUGA